ACGUUUUUUGUUGGGGCGACGGGCGACGACGACGACGACGUGAAUGAGCGCUCGUCACCCCUCCUCUCAUUCAGGUUAGGCUAGGCCUGAGCCAGAGUCAAGAAGAUUACAGUACAGUAGGACGUAGUCUAAAUGUCGGUAACUGGACGGGAAAAUGGGUACACAAGUUAAAGACGUCAUUAUAAAAGAAGAUGCACCAAAAUUACUCUUACUGGAAAAGCAUGCAGAUUACAUAGAACUUUAUGGAAAGAAAGAAGAUGACUAUGAGUUUGUUAUGACAGAGUUUCUGCGAAUGAAUGGUGUUUACUGGGGCAUCACCGUCAUGGACUUGAUGAACCAAUUGGAGAGAAUGAACAAACAAAACAUCCUACAGUUUAUAUCGGACUGUCAGCAUGAAUGUGGUGGCAUAAGCAGUAGUCUUAAGCAUGACCCCCACCUCCUCUAUACCCUAAGUGCAAUACAGAUUUUAACAAUUUAUGAAAGUUUAGAAACUAUAAACAUAGACAAAGUUGUUUCAUAUGUGAGUGGGUUGCAGCAGGAGGACGGUUCAUUCAUGGGGGACAAGUGGGGAGAGAUUGACACAAGGUUUUCAUUCUGUGCAGUUGCCUGUUUGUCCCUUUUAAAUAGGCUCGAUGCUAUUAAUGUUGACAAGGCUGUUGAAUAUGUUCUAUCUUGUAUGAAUUUUGAUGGUGGAUUUGGGUGUCGACCAGGUUCAGAGUCUCAUUCUGGCCAGAUUUACUGCUGUUUAGGGAUGCUGUCCAUUACCAAGUCCCUUCAUCAUGUGAAUACUGACAUGCUAGGCUGGUGGCUCUGUGAAAGACAACUCCCCUCAGGAGGGCUCAAUGGCAGGCCAGAGAAGCUACCAGAUGUAUGCUAUUCCUGGUGGGUGCUGGCAUCAUUGAAGAUCAUUGGCAAGAUUCACUGGAUUGACAAGGAAAAGCUUGAGAGCUAUAUUCUAGCCUGCCAAGAUGAUGAAACAGGUGGCUUUGCUGAUAGACCAGGCGACAUGGUUGAUCCAUUCCACACAUUGUUUGGUAUUGCUGGUUUGUCACUCCUUGGCAGCUACGCCGACAAAAUCAAGACUGUUAACCCAGUCUACUGCAUGCCAGAAUACGUGCUAAGAAAACACAAUAUACAUCCGCAGUUACUAUGAUGAACAAACUUACAUAAAAAGACAAUUUUCAUUGCUAAUUUUUGUGUCAAAUGUGGAUUGUUGUUAGGGUGGUCCAUUGAUCCUUGAGUAGAGAUCAUAAGUCCGGUGUACAAUUCAUUAGUAAAACACACUUAAUAGAUUUGCUGAACAUGUGUACAAAAAAGAGCACAGUACAGUAUACUGCCCUUCAAAAAAAUCCGCAGGAGAAUCUCCCAGCAUACUGCCCAAUUUACCAACAGAUGCACCUGACUGGAAAUAAGUCUAGACUUUAGUGGGUUUUCCAUGGUGGUUUACACUAAAGAACUUUUAUCCAAAUAAAUCCUUAUUAGGUGAAUGCGGCAA